AGGAUGAACAAACUGGUCCAGAAAACAGCACUUUCAGAUAAAUCUCCAAGAGAAGAUCUAUUUUAGCAUCAGCAUUAAGGUACCUUAUUGCCAGUCCUGCCUACUAAUAGAUACAUGGGCCUUCCCUACAUUUAAUGCAGAACCCACCACAGGCUAGUUAAUGUUAUCAUGAACAGUCAACAUGCAGGUGAAUUUCUGUCCAUUAGGGAGAUUUGAGUGGAUGUCAAUUAACAGGAUGUGAGAACAGGCUAACGUCUCUUUUUAUAUUUAUACAGGGUCAGGGGUAGCUCAGUGGUUAAGGCAUUGGACUACGGUUCGUAAGAUCCCAGGUUCAAACCCCACAACCACCAAGUUGCCACUGUUGGGCCCUUAAGCAAGGCCCUUAACCCUCAACUGCUCAGAUGUAUAAUGAGAUAAAAAUAUGCAGAUCUGACUCCGUGGUUGUACUCAGUCUAUGCAGAUUAGACUUUGUGUGACUUUCUAUUCAUCACAUUUUUCUGUGCUGGCACACGGCACUGUGAACGUCCUCCAGUCCCUCUGCACAGAGACACAAAUUGCAACUUCAGGAAAAGGAUGUCACACAGCUGUAAAAAGGAAGGAGAGAAGAGUGGAUUGGACACAGAAUCCACUCAGACAAAAACAGAAAGUCAUGGACACACCUUGAGGUUCAUCUACAAGUGUGAGACAUAUACAUUAACCUGUAAUGCUCCUAUGACCGUCCAAGAGAGACUUCAAAAAGACUCCUCAUUUAGAGCCAUCUGUAAGAAGGAACCAAACAAAGAAGUGAUCAUUCGGAGAGAGGAAAUGCCCAGAGCUGCUGUGGCACCACAUUUUCCCUGCAGUCUGCUCAAUGAGAACGAGCGUCUGGACAUCAGCUUCAUCAGAUCAGAUGGAAACAGUGGCACAGUGAAUACACAGAAACUCACUCCUCUCUCACCUAAAAAAUUGCUUUGUUUCUAUAUUAAGACCAGGGGAGACAAAAAUAUCCGUGUGGUAAUGAAAAACAGCGAAUUAAAUAAAAAAAAUGUGGAUUAUGUGUGUGUAUAUGCAGAGAAAGGGGAAAAAGUGAAAAGUGCUCUGAUGCGCGAUGGGCGGUUUCAUAAUGUGAUCUUCAGUAAAGGUGCAUUCACUAAUGAGGAAACCAGUGAAAAAGCUAAUUUUUCUACUCUUGUUGAUCAUCUGGAUGGAAAGCUGUUUCAGAUCAUCGUCGCUCCUCAUCGGAAAGACAGCCAGGAUUCGAGUCAGGAGAUGAGUCAGGAAGCUGAAACAGUGAAGCAGGAACAAAGUGAAGAUACUGAAACUCUUCAGGAAAACCCCAACCAAGAGUCCACUAGUGCUGAUAAUCAGCAGAGGAAAAGGAAACAGAAGGAAACAGAGAUGAGACAUGAAGAAAAGAAGUCUAGAAAAUGCCUAGAAACAAAAGUAAUCCCAAACCCACAGGAGAUUCUGAACCUUCUGAGAAAACAGCACAGUGAUUUGUUGAAGACUCUGAAAGAACGAAGUAGCCUGAAGAAUAAUGAGGAAGUGAAGGAGUUCCUCAGAGUGGAGUUCUCUAAAAGUGUUCAGAGCUUUUCAGAGGUGAAAAGGGUUAAACAGUUGAUGGAAUUGUCCGACUCCGUCUGCCAGAUCUACACUGAGCGUUUACUUGGAACAGGAUUUCUACUUUUUAAGAGAUUUGUCCUCACCAACGCACAUGUGGUUGGUGAAUAUGAUACUUUUCAACGAAAACUGAAUCAAAAGGUUACAGCUGUAUUUGGUUAUGAAGAACGCUUCACUGAGAACUCUUUAGCGAUACCAGUGAAGGAGAACUAUGUUGCUUUAUUCCAUGGAACAGGUAACAUGGGAAACAAUCUGGACUUUGCUUUGCUGGAACUGAGCACUGAUGUAGAACUUCCAGUAGGUCUUCCUGAAUUGCUGAGGCGCUAUAGCACUCCACCCCCUGAGGGUGGUGUCUGCGUAAUUGGACACCCAAAGGGCGAAGUCAAACAAAUGGACCCCUGUUUUAUUAUAGCAAAGAAGGACAUUCCACUAGUAGCAGUAGAGAAAUACUAUGCAGAUAAUCCAAUCCUACAAAAACUUAAUUUCAUAAAGGAUCAGUGCUUGGCUAAGGAUUACGAAAAAUGUUAUUGUCAGAUCAUUUAUCAUUCCUGUUUCUUCGGUGGAUCAUCUGGCUCACCGGUGUUUGAUGAAAACUGCAAAUUGAUUGGCAUUCACACUGGUGGAUAUAAACCUAAGGGGAGUGUAGAAAAGCAAACCCCCACUGUGAUAGAAUACGCUCAGCCAAUGUUCCCUAUUCUGGAGCAGAUCCUAAUACAGUGUGAAAAUCAUGGAGCUGCUGAUGUCCAAUAUCUUAAGCAAGCAAUCCAAAAAAUUUUUAAUCCUGAAACUGACGAUUCUGUGAUGGAUUGGGAAGCCGUCAAGAGUGGACCCUCCCCUGUGCUCUAAGAAUUUCCCUCCUGGAUACAUGUAACGAGAGAGAAAAGAUCAGAUUAAGUUUAAAUGCAGAAUAAUUACCUACUGAAUGGAUUAUUAAGUCUAUAGCUUCAGUAGUUUCUGAGUUUUGCCUGAUUAAUUAUGGAAGCAGAAUUAUUUGGGUCACCCUGUGUAUUCAAUUC